CACGGACGACGACGAUGCGGAGUAGGAGGGUCAGGCAGAGCACAGUUGUCGUUGACUUUAUAAAGGAAUUUAAUCGCGAUUCAUAGGCAUUUUGCACUGUAAAGCAUUUCCGUGUUGCAGUCAGUCGCGGCUGUAAAUUUAGCGUCACAUCCUCACGUUUCCUCUUAAUUGUUGGACCGAUAAUCUAUUUCUAUUUCGCUCUCGCUGUGAUUGUGGCAUGUCACUAUAUGACUAAAGGUCACUGAAUCCGCUCCCAGGAACAUUGAAAUAGCAAUCGGAUAAUCUAAUUCUCGUUCAUAAUGGAAGCAAUUUGUUACAGAAGUUCAUCAGUGGACUAAGGAACUAGCACGGACUGAAAUCUUGUGGCGCUGACUUUAGUUGGGUUUAUGUCUGACACAAGAAUUUCCAUCAGUUCCCUGCGUAUUCGAUUUAAAUUGUGAAGCAAAAUAGUCGUCUGAUGAAUUUGGUCGCGUUGGAAACAUGAUGUGUACAUUUCAGCGAGGAAUGGGACGUGGUCCGAUGAACUUUGAAUACUGCUCUUUGCCUUGGUGUACAUUCUGGGACAGGAGGCCAUGCUGAUGUCCCAUUCUGUGUGGUGGAGUGUGCUCUCACCUCAGUGCCUGUGCUACUGAAAGCCUGUGCUGUCUGGCUUCCCCAUGGCUCUAUGGAAGAAGCUGCUGUCUCUCAGCCUCCAUUGCUGGUUGGCUGCUUCUGCCACUCUGGCUGAGCAGGGACCUACUGGGCCCCUAGACUGGCUCCUCUCAGACAAGGGCCCCUUCCACCACUCACAGGAGUAUGCUGACUUUGUGGAGAGAAACCGUCAGGGUUUUUGCACCCGGUACAAAAUAUACAGGGAGUUUGGCCGAUGGAAAGUGAAUAACUUGGCUGUGGAGCGAAGGGAUUUCCUGGACUCCCCCUUACCCCUCACUCCGGAGUUUAUCCGGAACAUUCGACUCCUGGGACGCAGACCCUCCGUCCAGCUAAUAACUGACAACCUUAUCAAGAAAUAUGGAACUCACUUUCUCCUCUCAGCAACGCUAGGAGGAGAAGAGGCCCUAACCAUAUUUGUGGAUAAGAGAAAGCUUAGCAAGAAAGCAGAGGUGAGCGACUACACCAGCAACAGCACGGCUGUGACUCUGGAGGCCCUCCACCAGCUGGCUGCCUCCUACUUCAUAGACCGCGAGAGCACAUUGCGCAAGCUGCACCACCUCCAGAUCGCCUCCACUGCCAUCAAGGUAACUGAAACAAGGACUGGCCCUCUUGGUUGCAGUAACUAUGACAACCUUGAUUCUGUUAGUUCUGUUCUGGUUCAGAGCCCUGAAAACAAAGUCCACCUGCAAGGUUUGCAAGUCAUUCUGCCAGACUACCUCAGAGACACAUUUGUGCAAGCAGCUCUUAGUUACAUUGCCUGCAAUGGAGAGGGAGACUUUGUCUGUCGAAACAAUGACUGCUGGUGCAAGUGUGAUCCUAAAUUCCCAGAGUGCAACUGUCCCUACAUGGAUAUCCAAACAAUGGAAGAGAGCCUCCUUCGAAUCUCUGAAUCAUGGGCCCUCCUAUAUAAGGAAUUUAAGGAUUCAGAUGAGUUCAAGAUGUUCCUGACGAGACUGCCUCAGAACCUCUUUCUCAAUGCCUCAGCAAUCCAGCACUUGUGGCUGCUGGAUGGCAUGUUCCACCGGCGCUAUGAGCUCCUGGAGAGCAGCAUGAAGAGCCUCUUCAGGAGGGCCCAGCGAGUUGUGUACAAGCUCUUCAGUCUCAGCAAGAGAUGUCAAAGACAGCCCUUCAUCAACUUACCACGUGAAAAGCCACGGUCAUACUGGCUGAACUACUUCCAGUCAUUGCUCUACUGCUCAGAGAACAACCAGCUGGGCUUAUUCUCAGAAGAGCUGCACAUCUGCAUUUGUGCAUAUGACCAGAACUCUUGCCAGGUGCCCACACCAUGCUCCAUUGCAGAGGGCCCAGCCUGUGCCACCUGUGCCAGCGACAACCACACUCGCUGUGGCAGCUGCAAUGCUGGCUACAUGCUAAGUCAGGGAUCCUGUCGACCAAUGGUGGCUGACUCCACAGAAAAUUACUUGGGCUUUGAAACUGACCUGCAGGACCUUGAGCUCCGCUAUCUCUUGCAGAGGGCUGACCGUCGCUUGGAGGUCCAUGCCAUCUUUAUUAGCAAUGACUUGCGCCUCAACAGCUGGUUUGACCCCUCAUGGAGGAAGAGGAUGCUCCUCACACUUAAGAGCAACAAAUACAAAUCCAACCUGGUGCACAUGCUCCUAGGCAUCUCCCUCCAGAUCUGCCUUACUAAAAACAGCACCUUGGAGCCUGCUCUUACCCUCUUUAUUAAUCCCUUUGGCGGGAGCCACUCAGAGAGCUGGCUGAUGCCUGUGAGUGAAAACAGCUUUCCAGACUGGCAGGCCACAAAACUGAACCUUCCACUGGAGUGUUUUAACUGGACACUGACUCUGGGAAACAAGUGGAAGACAUUCUUUGAGACAAUUCACAUUUACCUGCGGAGCCGCAUUAAAACAGCAGGUGCUAGUGCCAAUGAGAGUGCUUACUUGGAGCCUUUGGAAAUGACUGACCCCUCUAGGAACUUGGGCUAUAUGAAGAUCAACAGUAUCCAAGUGUUUGGUUAUAGUAUGCAUUUUGACCCAGAGGCCAUUCGGGACCUGAUCCUUCAGCUGGACUAUCCAUACACACAUGGCUCACAGGAUUCAGCCCUGCUGCAGCUGCUGGAGAUCCGAGACCGGGUGAACCGACUUUCCCCUCCAGGCCAGCAGCCUCUGGACCUGUUCUCUUGCCUGUUGCGCCAUCGCCUGAAGCUCACAGCCAAUGAAGUGGUACGCAUUCAUUCUUCUCUCCAGGCCUUUAGCACUCGACUCCCAAACACUCUUGAUUAUGAGACAACUAAACUGUGUAGCUAACAGCUAAAAUUCCAUAUAGCUGUAAAAUGCUUUCAUACACACAGAAAAGAGUGCAUGAACCAGAGCUGCAAAGAGAAAGAAGAGUUAUGGAUUCAUAAUAAACAAAGUAAACUAAGUAAAUUAUUGAGUCUGAUAUUUCACAAAUUCCCAUUCACAACUAGAGCAAUGUACUCAAAACAACUGAGGCAUUUUAUCUCUAUGGAGUGGCACUCAGGCCACUAGGAGAGACCUUUUGCAUAAAAUGGUAUGUAACUUUUCUAUGUCAUUUUGCUUCAGUGACUCAAUUCUUGGAAAGAAUACAGUGAUGUCAGUAUGUUUUGUAGAUAAAUUGUUAUUAAAACACUGUAUAAUACUAUAAUUAUUGUUGCAUUAUUUACCAGCCUUUAGACCCUUUUUAUUCAGCUAAAGCAGCAUUUGUUGUAAUGGGAGAAGACAUAUAUUUCAUAUCAGGAAGUGAGACCACUUGGUAAAACUGU